AUGCUCUUGGUAGACACAGCAGUAAUUCCUGAGCUAGCAAAGUUUAGUAUCAGCUCCAUUUUAGACACAGCCCUCCCGUCUAUUUAUCCCUUAGUUGAUGCCGGUUCCAAAAAAUGUGAAGCGCUAAAAAAGUUUUUUGGCCUGACAUACGUCCAAAUGCAAGGUGAAAAUACAACAAUGUUGAGAGAAAAAUUAAACUUAGAUCUCAUAACGCAAAAUGGCAACAAGAAGUACAACAUAACAUCGACAAAUCGUCUCCAAAGAAUAAUGAGAAGCCGUCCAAUUGUUAUACUAAUUCAUGGCUACAUGGAGACUUCUGAUGGUGUUAUGGUGCAGGCCUUGGGAACCGAAUUCCUAAAAAUUUCUGAUCUUAAUGUAUUUGCUUUAGACGGGAGAAAUGUGAUUGGCUUAGAAUAUUUGAGAUCCUCAACAUAUGUAAGGUUUAUGGGUGAGGAAUUGGGGAGAUUGCUAAGUGGCGUAAUAAAACGCGGCAAGAAUGCAUCCAUGAUUACUUUGAUCGGGCACAGCUUAGGGGCCCACGUAGCUGGUGUCGCUGGUGAGAAAGUGAAACAGGAUACAGGUCAAACUAUUGGAAGGAUCACUGGCCUUGAUCCUGCGGGACCCUGUUUCAGUAACGUCACAUUGGAUAACAGACUUGAUAAGACAGAUGCUGAAUACGUGGACAUCAUUCAUACUAAUGGUGGCAUUCUUGGCAUGAAAGAUCCUGUAGGACACAAGGAUUUCUUUCCCAAUAACGGCAUGUCUCAACCGGAUUGUUAUUUAUCCACGUGCGAUCAUAGUAGAGCUUGGGAAUUAUAUGCAGAAUCUAUUAAUAAUCCUCGGCGAUUUCCAGCCAGGAAAUGUGACAGUUGGUCGGAGUUUCAAUCAGGUUCUUGCAUGAAGAAUGAAGUUUCCUACAUGGGCAUCAACUCUAGGAAGGGAUCUUCAGGCUUAUAUUUCCUUACCACAGGAUCAGCUUCUCCAUUUGGUUUGGGUGCAGCUGGUAGUGGAUAG